AUGGUUGUCGUCAAAAGCCCUUCCGAGAAUCGAUUAGCCAUGGCUAAACCACCGCCGAAGAAGCUAGACCCACAAGUGGCAGGCAAAGUCAAUGCCGAGCGGAAAAAGGGAUGGAACAAUGGAGAAGGAAUAUUCGUGCUCUCAAAUGUGAGGAGAUACGCGAUGAAAUGGUCGAGAAGGACAAUCCCACCGAAAUAA